CGCGGACAAAAGCUCUAGUAUAUUGUAAUAAGAAAGAACAUUCAAGAAUAAAUAUUCAACUUCCCUUUUUUAUUUUUCCUUCAAUCAAAGCAGAAUCUGUGAACCUCUCUAAAACCCUAAUCAAGCUCUCCUCUCUAGCCUCCUCCUCCUCCUCCUCACACCAAAGCUUCCUCCUUUAUUCUCGCCGGAUUCUCAGGACUCUCCUCGGUUCCAUCUUUCUCUGCCGCCAGGUUAAUUCACAGGAAUAUGGCUACCGAGGAAGGUGUACAUGAGGCUCACCAAGUCUCUGAGGCUUUUGUGGAACAGUACUAUCAUAUUGUCGGAAAGGUGAGUCAAGAAGCUCAUAAGCUUUAUGUAGCUGCUAGCGUUGUCAGCAGACCAGGUCCUGAUGGUACCAUGACCUCUUUCACAUCCCUUGAGGCUAUCGACAAGCACUUUCUCUCAUGUGACUCUUCUACAUUCGAGGUGCUUAGUGUUGACUCUCAGUCUUCCUUGGAAGAGGGGAUAUUUAUUAUGGUUAUUGGUUUUUUGACUGGAGAAGACAACCUGAAGAGGAAGUUUUCGCAAAUGUUCUAUCUGGCACGUCAGAACACUGCCUAUGUGGUUGUUAAUGACAUCUUUCGUUAUGUUGAUGAAGUGUCCUCCACUCCAACAACUCUUCCAGCUGUUGUUGAAUCUGUGCCAGAAACUGAGGUGGUGGAGCCUGUCCAUGCUCCUACCGAGAACUCUGUUAAUGCUGAUGUUUCUGAAGUGAAGAAGGCUGUUGCUGAAGCUGCUACUCCGUUGGACAAUGGGAGUGACAAGCACUCUGCUGAAAAAGCUGUUACUGCUCAGAAACCUAAAGAGAUAGUUGCUGAUACAGCUGCUCCUCCGGUUGAUGGGGGAAAGAAAUCUUUUGCUGCAAUGGUUGCUUCAAUGGCGAGAAGCUCUGCUCCGUUCCAAGUUAAAGCAUCCCCAGUGGUUCAGAAACCUAAAUACAUGGCAGCACCCAAGCCCCGUGAGGCAGCUCCAGCACCCAAGGCACCUGCUGCUGUUAGUAAACGUGAAAGGAAAAACGACCAGAGGAUUGUCGACGAACCAGGGACUUCGAUAUUUGUGUCAAACCUGCCAAUGGAUGCAAUGCCGCCUCAGCUCUAUGAACUUUUCAAGGAGUUUGGUCCUAUCAAAGAACAUGGGGUUCAAGUCAGAAGCUCCAAUGCUCGUGGAACUUGCUUCGGUUUUGUUGCCUUUGAAACUGUUGCCUCUGUCCAGAGCGUGCUUGAGGCUGCCAAGAACAAUGCCUUCAAGCUUGGAGACCGUAAGCUUCGUGUAAAGGAAAAGCAAGUUGAGUAUGAUGGAAGCAAACCGUCUGGUGGGAAAAGGACUGAGAAUGGGUCUGCAGCAGAUGGAAGCAAGACAGAGAAUGGGUCUGCUGCAGAUGCGGAAGAUGACUUCAAGCCUAUCAGAAGCCGUAGGAACAGAAGCGAGAAGAAGGGAAACGGUAACAACGAGAAGAACAGUGUGCAAACAACACCAAAACCAAAAGCCUGAUACUCGAGAAGAGUUCAUAUUUGCAGAAGCAGCCUUCUUAGAAAAUCUAUUAUUCUAAACCUUGCAACAAGUUGAGAUUUUUUUACAUUACAGAUUCAUCUUUCUUAAUUUUCUUUUUGACAUCUCAGCACAAUUUCUUCUUUUUACAUCUUAUUUUAUUUUCGUUUUCUUACUUGCACCUUAUUAUAUUUUGAAAAGAACAAAUAAAUUAGUUUUUUUUUCAUU